AUGGUCCCCUUCUUCUACCAUCUAUUCUUUUUCCUCCUUUUUUUCCAGAAUGGCUAUGAGAACCGGAGAUAUUUUGUUACAGAGUCCGACCUGGUGUGUGGAGACGAGUGGAUGGUGGACAUGUACCAGUCCUCUCUGAGCCUGGGCUUCCUCAUCGGCAGCUUUGUCUUUGGAUACGCCGCAGACAGUGCGGCCAUCGCUCUGACCCCUCACUUCCUGACCGUCCUCCUGCUGAGGGUCAUUCUGAGGCUGGGGACGAAAGGCAGCUGGACGACCUGCUACAUCCUCUUGACAGAGCUAGUGGGUUUGGAGCAGAGGCGCCUGGUGAGCAUCAUGCACCAAAUGGUGAUCUGCUUGGGCAUUGUUGCUAUGGUGAUGCUUGCCUACUUCAUCCCAGACUGGCGCUGGAUUCAGGUCGCCUGCACAGCUCCGUACGCCCUCUUUGUCCUCUACUGCUGGUGA